AUGACAGACGCUACCAAAGACCCAGCUGCGCCCCCUCUAGCAGCCUAUGCACUAUGGCUUGUCCCUACUGUACCCGAGCAGAGCGAGAAGUUCCAAAACCUGAUUACCGAUUUCGCAUCUCUCGAACAACCCUCACCAGUCUUCUCACCUCAUAUCACCCUCAUCCACCCGAUCCCACUAUCCACCAGACUACGCGAUAUCCAUGCGGGUGUUAGAGAUGCCAUCAAGGCUACUUCGUCCAAACACUCUCUACAAACACUUACGGUCGAUCUCAAUCCAGCUCAAAAGGGAGACAAGUACUAUCAAUCAGUCUUGGCUCCCGUCAAUCUCCCCAACGAAGCUCUCUCAAGCUUGCGAGAAGCAGUGGAAGAUGUAUUCGCCCUUAAAAACUUACCUGAAUACUUCCCUCAUCUAAGUUUGUUCUACGGUGGGGUCAGUCCCAAGAGGAGAGACGAAAUUGCGAAGAUUGCAAAUGAGAAAAUAGGAGAAUUAGGAAAGGUAGAAAUCGGGGAGAUCGCUAUCGUGAGCUGUGUAGGGACUGCUGAGAAGUGGGAGGUGGUUGGAAGAGAGAAAUUGAGUUGA